AUGACUGACGCUCCCGGCCACGAGCUGGACGUGAGGGGAAUUGCCGCUGUUUCAGAUGAAAAAAUCGUCUCGGGUUCCAGAGACGGAACCGCCAGGGUCUGGGAUCUCUCCUUGACUCUAGACACCAACCCCAACAACGAGAUCUGCUUUCUGUCGCCCACGGGCGCUUUCGUCAAUGCUGUGACAUUUGUCAAUAGCGCUUUUACUGGUGAUGUUGCUGCAGUCGGCGGAAAGGAUGCGAUCAUCUACCUUUCAGAACUCCACGGCUCAUUCGUCAAACCUGGAGACGACUUUGGCAAGUUCCAGUUAGUCGGCCACCAGGGCAACGUGUGUUCGCUCAAUUACAAGGAUGACGCCUUGAUCUCGGGCUCCUGGGACUGCACGGCCAAGGUGUGGGACUUGUCUUCGUUUUCGGUGAAAUACGACCUCAAGGGCCACUCUGCCUCGGUGUGGGACGCCAAAAUCGUCGAUGCCGCCGAAGAAAUCUACCUUACUUGUUCUGCUGACCGCACCAUCCGUAAGUGGAAGGCUGGCAAGGAAGUGGCUCAGUAUUCUGGUCACAACGACGUGGUGAGAAAGCUCUUGAUCUUGCCUGGAGGAAAGCAGUUCGUUUCUGCCUCCAACGAUUGCACACUCAAGGUAUGGGACCUCGAAAGCGGUGCUGUUUUGCAGACCCUCCACGGUCAUGACUCCUUCAUUUACGACAUUGCCAUACUCUCCAAUGGCGACUUGGUUUCCACUGCUGAAGACCGUACCGUGAGAAUCUGGCGCAAUGGCAAGACCCUUCAGGCAAUUACGUUGCCUUGCAUCUCUGUGUGGUGUGUGGACACGCUUCCCAAUGACGACAUUGCCGUGGGCGGCUCGGAUAAGUCGAUUUAUGUUUUUACGGCUUCUCCAGAGCGUGAGGCCACCGCCAAUGGUAUCCAAGAGUUCACCUCGCUUGUGCAGAAUUCAACAAUUUCAGAGCAGUCCAUUGACGAUUUGAAGAGAACUGACAUUCCUGGCUACGAGGCUCUCGAGCAAGGUGCCGACGAAGAAGGUGCAACGAAAAUGGUCAAGAGUCCUGCUGGUGUCAUUGAAGCUCACCAAUGGUCAGGCGGUCAAUGGAGCCACAAUGGCAAGGAGUGGGAUUAUUUGUUUGACGUUGAUGUCGAGGAUGGUAAGCCUCCGCUCAAGUUGCCUUACAACGCCAAUGAGAACCCAUACACUGCCGCCGAGAGGUUUUUGGCUGAUCACGAGUUGCCAGCUUCAUACAAGGAUGAAGUUGUGCGUUUCAUUGAGCAAAAUACCGGAGGCUUCCUGUUGGAGCAAAGCCAAGGUGCUCCAGCCGUUCCUCAGGCUGCUUCGCCACCUGCUCCACAAAACUUCAAAUUGCUUCCUGAAAAGUCGCCAAUCACAUUCAAGGACUACAAGCCAGAACAGUUGGUCAAGGGCUUCAAGAAGUUCAACUCUGACCAACCUGAAUCAACAGCCUUCUCCUCGCUGGAUGUCGCAAGUGUCGAGUCUGGUCUUCAUGAUCUCAAGUCCAAGAAUGCACUUUUCAUAAUCACCGACAUCGUGCCUAAGAUCUUAUCCUCGUGGGAGCUGUCUCAGAAGCUCAUUGGCUUUGACUUGUUGAGGGUGAGUAUUCCCAGAGUCACCACAGUCGAUUUGAUUCAAUCUACAGAGGCUGCUGAAGGUAUUCUCAAAAUGCUCUUGCAGAGUCUAGACGAGGUGGGUGAGCAGGACUUGCCAUUGGUGAUGAUGAUCGCCCGAGUCUUGUGUAACCUCACCACCAGCACUUUGUUCGCUCAGUUGUUCUUCACUCUUGACGACCACAACCAGGUUUCCUUGAACGAAUACUACGAAGAGGUGGUCAACAAGGUCACUGUGGUUGUGAAGAUCAUCACUUCUUCCUCGGUGGCAUCAUCCCACAAGCACUACAGCAGUGCAUUGACGUCCGUGUCUUCCUUCUUGUACGAUCUCACGGCUCUUUCAUUCAACAAUACGUCGCUUUCAAACGCCCCUCCGCGGCACUUGCCUUCUUUGCACUCCUUGAUGAAAGUGUGUGUUGCAUUGGGUAACUUAUUGGUAUUAAAGGUCACGUCAAGCAAGCCUGCCUGGUACGACGCCUGCAAAAAACUAUACAGCAGCGCUAGGUUCAAGGAUAUCUACAGAGACAUCGACUUGGCCUAG